AUCAAAAUGGUGGAACAACGAGAAAAAUUUUGAAGAUGGACAAAUAAAUCAUUAAAAAAUAUUGUAAUUGUUGAAGAUUGGUGUCUUUAAUUGCCGAUUAUGGCAGAUACAGAAAAUUCAUCAACACCUGCUGUUGUUCCAGCUACUCCUCCUGCUGCACCCAGUCAGUUGAUUAAAACCCAAAUACUUCAAGUACCCUCCACACCAUUAACAACCACGCCUAAAGGAACUGUCAAAGUAACACCUCAACGAUCACUACGAACACCUUUAAAUUUAGACCCAAUCCCAGCUCGAAGAAGCUCAACUCGGUCUAUUAAAAGGAAGAAAUUUGAUGAUGAAUUGGUGGAAAGUAGUUUAAUUAAAACUGAAAGAACGACAGGUCGAAUAAAAACUCCAAUUGUGCCACCGGUGCCUGCUGUAGAAAAGGUUGAAGCACCUGUUUCAGUUGUUGUACCUCCUCCCCCCGAACCUCCAGCUCCCAUACCAGAGAAAAAGAUAAAAUUACCACCACCCAGCAAUAAUGCCAGGCCUGCAAAAUCCAGUGCUAAAAGAAACAAGAAACAAAGAGCAGCUGUACAAACGUCAAUGAAAGAUUUGGGUCGAUGGAAAGCACAGGACGAUUUAUUGUUGAUCAACGCUGUUCAACAAACUAAUGAUCUGAGUAUCGUUCAUCUAGGUGUUAAAUUCUCCUGUCAUUUUACAUUAAAAGAAAUACAAGAAAGAUGGUACUCUCUACUUUAUGAUCAGCAAAUAUCUAAAUUAUCUGUACAAGCUAUGAAGAUGUUACAUCCUGAUGUAAUUAAACAAGUUCAGUGUAAAGCUUUAUAUAAUAAUAAAGAAGAAGAAUUACUAGGACAUAUACCUUCUACCAAAAGUCCAUCUUUAGAAAAGUUUCAAGAAUUAAUAAAUGAAAAUCCAGAUGUAUUUCAUCCAGCUCGAACACCCAAAGCACUUCAUACUCAUUGGCUGUUAAUGAAACAGUAUCAUCUGCUUCCUGACCAAUCAGUCCAGCCAAUGCCAAGAGGUGAUCAUAUCUUAAAUUUUUCUGAUGCAGAAGAUGUGAUGAAUGAUGAAGAUUUAUUAGAUCAAAAAGAUGAUGUAGUAGAAAGAGAAUUAGCUAUAGCUGACAGAAGAAGUAAAAGAGAGAUACGAUAUUUAGAACAAGAAAUGCCUAAAUUACAAGUUUUAGUAGAUAAUGUCACAGGUAUUAGUCCACCUGAUUUUGAUAAUCAAACCUUAGCAGUUUUAAGAGGAAGAUUAGUUCGAUAUUUAAUGAGAUCAAAAGAGAUAACAUUAGGGAGAGCAACAAAAGAUAACAAUGUAGAUGUUGAUUUAUCACUUGAAGGUCCAGCAUGGAAAAUAUCUCGACAACAAGGAGUAAUAAAACUAAGGAAUAGUGGAGAUUUUUUUAUUGCAAAUGAAGGAAAACGGCCAAUUUAUAUUGAUGGAAAACCAGUUGCUAAGGGAAACAAACAAAAACUAUUUCAUAAUUCUGUAGUUGAGAUUUCAAGUUUACGGUUUAUAUUCCUAAUUAACGAAGAAUUAAUUAAAGUAAUGAGGACAGAUGUACCUAAGAUAAUACCUACAGUCUCAUGAAAUCUUGUUAUUUACACAAUUUGUUGUUAUUUGUACAUUUAUUUUGUAAAUAAAAAUAGUAGAAACUUGAA